AUGGCGCUCCGCAGGCCCCUCCAGCCGCCGCGCAAAGUUCGCAGGAGGCGAGAGAUGCUGCUGCAGCAAGUUGGCUUCGUGUGCGCGGUGCUGGCCCUGGUGUGCUGUGCAUCUGGCCUCAUCGGCAGCUUGGGGCAUGAAACAGCUUCUGCUAGCCAACAUGUUCCACCAGACUCAUGGAGAAAUAGAAAGCUGAUGGCACCAGUCAACGGGACUCAGGCCACUAAGAACUGCACAGAUCCUGCGAUUCACGAGUUCCCCACAGACCUGUUCUCCAACGAGGAGCGACAGCAUGGAGCCGUCCUGCUACAUAUCCUUGGUACCCUGUACAUGUUCUACGCGUUGGCCAUCGUGUGCGAUGACUUCUUUGUUCCAUCUCUAGAGAAGAUCUGCGAGAGACUUCAUCUGAGCGAAGAUGUGGCUGGAGCCACCUUCAUGGCUGCAGGAAGCUCGACGCCAGAGCUGUUUGCAUCUGUUAUUGGUGUGUUCAUCACCCAUGGAGACGUGGGAGUUGGGACCAUCGUAGGCUCCGCUGUGUUCAACAUCCUGUGUAUAAUCGGAGUCUGUGGGCUGUUCGCUGGACAGGUGGUGCGCCUGACGUGGUGGGCCGUGUGCCGGGACUCUGUGUACUACACGCUCUCUGUCAUCGUGCUUAUUGCGUUCAUAUACGAUGAAGAAAUUGUGUGGUGGGAAGGCUUGGUGCUCAUCAUCUUGUAUGUGUUUUAUAUUCUGAUCAUGAAGUACAAUGUGAAGAUGCAAGCCUUCUUCACACUCAAACAAAAGACCGUCGCAAAUGGCAGCACGGUCAACAACGAGCUGGAGGAUGGUAAUGGUUACUAUGACGUUAACUAUGAUGACCCUUCCAUGCCAUUGCUGGGGCAAGUGAAGGAGAAGCCGCAAUAUGGCAAAAACCCCGUGGUGAUGGUGGAUGAGAUCAUGAGCUCCAGCCCUCCCAAGUUCAGCUUCCCAGAGGCGGGCCUACGUGUAAUGAUCACCAAUAAAUUUGGGCCCAGGACCCGACUACGGAUGGCCAGCAGGAUCAUAAUUAAUGAGCGGCAGAGACUGAUCAACUCGGCAAACAGCGUGAGCAGCAAGCCGCUUCAAAACGGGAGGCACGAAAACAUAGAGAAUGGGAACAUUCCCACAGAAAACUCUGAAGACCCUCAGCAGGACCAGGAGCAGCAGCCGCCACCACCCCCGCCACCCCCAGAGCCAGAGCCAGUUGAGACUGCCUUCCUGUCCCCCUUUUCCAUACCCGAAACAAAAGGGGACAAAGCCAAGUGGCUGUUCUCCUGGCCGCUCAUCUUCCUCCUGUGUAUCACCGUCCCCAACUGCAGCAAGCCCUCCUUGGAGAAGUUUUUCAUGGUCACCUUCAUCACUGCGACUCUGUGGAUCGCCGUGUUCUCCUACCUGAUGGUGUGGCUGGUGACUAUUAUUGGGUACACACUUGGGAUUCCUGAUGUCAUCAUGGGCAUUACUUUCCUGGCGGCAGGGACGAGUGUUCCAGACUGCAUGGCCAGCUUAAUCGUGGCAAGACAAGGCCUUGGGGACAUGGCGGUCUCUAACACCAUAGGAAGCAACGUGUUUGACAUCCUCGUAGGACUCGGGAUACCGUGGGGCCUGCAGACCAUGGUUAUUAAUUAUGGAUCCACGGUGAAGAUCAACAGCCGAGGUCUGGUCUACUCCGUGGUGCUGUUGCUGGGCUCUGUCGCUCUUACCGUCCUCGGCAUCCACCUUAACAAAUGGAGACUGGACCGGAAGCUGGGCGUCUACGUGCUGGUUCUCUACGCUGUCUUCCUGUGCUUCUCCAUAAUGAUAGAGUUCAACGUCUUCACCUUCGUCAACUUGCCCAUGUGCCGAGAAGAUGACUAAAGCUGAGCCGCUGCCCACGGGGAGU